AGGCCCAUUCCUGGUGGCCAUGGGAAAGUCCUGGCACCCCGAGGAGUUUAACUGCGCCCACUGCCGGACAUCCCUGGCAGACAUUGGCUUCGUGGAGGAGCAGGGCUCCGUCUACUGUGAACACUGCUACGAGGACUUCUUUGCACCUACCUGUAGCCGCUGCCAGCUGAAGAUCCUGGGGGAAGUGAUCAACGCCCUGAAGCAGACCUGGCACAUCCAUUGUUUCCUGUGUGCAUCGUGCCAGCAGCCUAUUAGGAACAACACCUUUCACCUGGAGGAUGGAGAGCCCUACUGUGAAAGAGACUAUUACUCCCUGUUUGGUACCGGUUGCCAUGGUUGUGAGUUCCCCAUAGAGGCAGGGGACAAGUUCUUGGAGGCUCUGGGAUUCACCUGGCAUGACACCUGUUUUGUGUGUGCGAUCUGCUGCACCACUCUGGAGGGUCAAGCCUUCUUCUCCAAAAUGGACAAGCCUCUGUGCAGGAAACAUGCACAUAGUGUGGUGAAAAUCUGAACAAGGACAGGAGCAGAUGGCUAGAGGAGAGCUGGAGGAGAGCUGGAGGAGAGCUGGAGAAAGAGGGCUGGGCUAGACGGAGAACUUAUGUUAUGACUGUUGAAUGGUAUUUGGAGUAUCCCCAGAACUAAAGACCUCAG